GCCAGGGAGCGGAGCAGGAGUCGAGAAAGGAGCGAGCGAGGGAGCGAGCGGCGACCAUCCCCUCCGGCGCGGAGGGGGAAACAAGCGAACAAGGGCGGAGCCGAGGUGGACUUGCGCCUGGAGGAAGGGAAGGAGGUGGCAAAGGCGAGGCAGAACUCUGAAAAGGGGAAAGAAGAAGAAGGAGGAGGAGGAGAACCUGCCUCCUUUUCUCCCGUCUCGUUCUCUCCCCUUGAGGCGCCCAAGUAACUUCGGAGCGUAGACUGAGAACAACCGGGCAAAAAAGUCUUUGAGGACGGAACUGGGACCAGAAAGAGCAAAAGGAUGGCGCGUUGACGGAAAGGGAGGCUGCGCUUCCAAGCCUGGCAGGGUUGACUUCUCUGGCGCUUCACCCUCCCCAGACCCACUUCUCCUCGGCUCUGAGGACGGAAUGAGGGAGGGUGUUUCCCUGCUGCCUCUUGCGCCGGAGGACGGACAGUGAUUGGCGGCGCCUCUCUCCUUCCUGCCUUCUGUUUGCCGGGACCCAUGCGAUGAGAAGGCCGCCCCAGACGCCUCGCAACAGCCGGCAACUGUUCUCAGCGUUGGCCGGACCCCGACAGGCGCCACCGCGCCCCCAAAGGCAGCCCUCCUCUUUCUCCUCCUUUGAGGAGUUCAGCUUGGGUUUCUCCUCCGCCUUGGCAGCCCAGCCGCACCGCUUGGACCCGAGCUGCUCUUUCCACAGGACCUGAAGUGCCCCUCUGCCGACUGAGAGCGCUGUUUUGUUUCCUUUCUCAACCUGGCCGUGGCUUCAAUCUCUUCCAGAGGCGCUGAUUUGACAAGGCGGCGUCUGCGCCUGGCUCCAGGCUUCCCUGCUCCAUCCAGACCAGAAACUUGGCGCCUGGUACGAUAUUAAGGACCCGUCCCUUUUCCGCCGUGAAGGCACGUUGGGCUUCUUUCUUCUGCAGAUAAACAGCUUCCCUCUCACAGAGCCUCCUCACACCAAACAAACAGGAGCUUUACACACAGCAGCCUUCACACUGGAGCUUCACACACGAAGCCUUCAAUCUGGGGCUUCUCUCACUGAAGCUUUUCAAACGGAGGUUUCUCUCACACUGAGGCCUCUCUCACCACAGUGAAGACACUUCUGUUGCUCUUCUAGCCAAUUUUGGAGGCUUCUCUCACACUGAGGCCUCUCUCAUCCCACAAAGACACUUCUGUCGCUCUUCUAGCCAAUUUUGGAGGCUUCUCUCACACUGAGGCCUCUCUCAUCCCACAAAGACACUUCUGUCGCUCUUCUAGCCAAGUUUGGAGGCCUCUCUCACACGGAGGCCUCUCUCACCCCAUGAAGACACUUCUGUCGCUCUUCUAGCCAAGUUUGGAGGCCUCUCUCACACGGAGGCCUCUCUCACCCCAUGAAGACACUUCUGUUGCUCUUCUAGCCAAGUUUGGUGGGCUCCGGAUCCCAAAAGCGCUCUGAGAAAGUGCCAUGCUCAGGCCUGUCACAUCCUUGUACUAGUUUCAUACUGUUGCAUCUUACACUACAAAGUCUACAUCAGUUUGAGAAAAAUAAUAAUUGGCGACCAUCACUUCUGCAGGGUUGGAAUCAGUAUGCCAAUUUGGUGCCAUUGAAGGCGCCUUACAUUCCACCAUCCAUCAAAACCAAUCAUUGGGCAACCCCUCAACUUGGCAGGGGCUUUAUUGUCCCAGGAUGCCAUUAAGGCGACUUUGAAGUUCCCAUACCUGUUGAAAGCCCUAACAUUGGUGGUCCCUGCUACACUGCCAUGCGGCGAGGCGGCUCGUCCUCUCCCUCGCAGGCCUCUCUGCUGCUGCUUCUCCUGGUCUUGCUGCUGUUGGGCCUGGGGGCGCGAGGCAGUGGGGAGUACUGCCACGGCUGGCAGGAGGGCACUGCCUGGCGGGAGGGCUUCCAGUGCCCUGAGCACUUCGACGAUGCCGAUGCCACCAUCUGCUGUGGCACCUGUGCCCUACGCUACUGCUGUGCCCGCCCCGAGGCCCGCCUCGACCAAGGUGUCUGCCACAACGACCGGCAGCCUGGGCCCGGAGAGCAGGGCAGACCCGACAAGGAGGGCCCUGAUGGUGCCGCAGUGCCUAUUUAUGUGCCAUUCCUGAUCGUUGGGUCUGUUUUCGUCGCCUUCAUCAUCUUGGGAUCUCUUGUAGCCGCAUGUUGCUGCCGAUGCCUGCGACCCAAGCAAGAGCCGCAACAGAGCCGAGCGCCUGGAGGCAAUCGGAUAAUGGAGACUAUUCCCAUGAUCCCAAGUGCCAGCACCUCCCGAGGGUCCUCCUCUCGCCAGUCAAGCACUGCUGCUAGUUCCAGCUCAAGUGCCAACUCAGGAGCCCGGGGCCCUCCUACCAGGUCACAAACCAAUUGCUGUUUACCAGAAGGGACCAUGAAUAACGUGUACGUAAACAUGCCUACUAAUUUUUCAGUACUGAACUGCCAGCAGGCUACACAGAUAGUCCCUCACCAAGGCCAGUAUCUGCAUCCACAGUAUGUGGGAUAUGCUGUCCAGCAUGACUCUAUGCCCAUGGCCCCUGUGCCAACUUUUCUGGAUGGUCUGCAAAGUGGAUACAGGCCAAUUCAGUCUCCUUACCCCCACAGCAAUAGUGAACAGAAGAUGUAUCCAGCAGUAACUGUCUAGCUUUUCAAGAAUUAGGGUGAUGGGAAGGGCAAAGGAGCCACACAGACACACAAGCCAAAAGCAUUGCUGCAGAAGACUGUGAGCAGAUGAGAAGAAACGCUACUGAGCAGAAAAAAGGGUUGCUGAGCAUAAUUUGUAAAUAAUUCCGGGAGGCUCAGGCAUGUCAGACAGUAUUUAUAAACUGGGUUCAGUUGCCAAAAAACUGUAAGAGGGUGUCUUAGAAUUAACGUUUCCAGAUAAAGCAUCCCUUCCAAUGCAUGAUUUACAGAGUCAACGGAUUAUACAGAAAAGACAUCUACAUUUCAGCCAGACAAAUGUGUGAAAGAGUGAUUAAAUGCCUGAGCCAUCAAGUGCCCUUCAGGUGUUUCACAAUCAAUGGUAGUUGCCUAGUUAAUAGAGAAUGUUUCUGUAACACAGUACAAGGUAAUAUUUUAGUAUUAAUUGUCUUUUCUUAUCUUUUCUCCCUGAGUCUACCUAUACUUCAUAUUGCUGUACUGACAAUCAUACUGAUGACUGAAGGCUAAAUGGUGCAAUCCUUGUUAUUUAUAUAGUUUUAGAAAUGUCAAACUAAAUUACAGGAAGGGAACAUAGCUCUGAGAGUCAGAGCAAAGGUUUAGCAUAAAGCAGGAUCAGUGAUCAGUGGUGGCUGAAGAUAUUGAGGAAUAUUAGGCCAAGUAUAAUGAUCUCCCAAGUAUAUUGAUCAAGUAACAUCCAGUGUAUUGUAAAGGUGUGCUUUCUUUUUUACUGCAGCAAUCCUCAGGUCAAACUGAAUGUGAUGUUCCCAAAAUCCCAAUACCUAUUUUGUAUUGUGAAUUCCAUACUGGGUUGUGUUUGCUCACAAAGAUGGUUGCUAAAAACUCAAGCUAAGAAUUCAGAACUCUAAUCCCUAGCAUUUGGGUAAAAGUGUACAUGAAAUGUGUUGACUUAAUCUGAGAGUUUUCUUUCAGUGAAACAUCAUAGCCCAACUUCCAGUUAAGUAUGGGUCAGAUGAAGUAUGUCCCUGGAUAUGCAUGAACCCCGUGAGUGUUUCUGAAGUCCUUUGAGUUCCUUAGACUGCCCUAUUGUAUAAAAAUAUGGGGUAAAUUGUCUCUGAAUAGAAGGAUCCAAGUAUUGGAAACGGCAAGAGCUGGUUUUUAAAAAAACAAAACAAAAACACACACACACACACACACACACACACACAAAACAGUGGACUUCUUGGCAUUUUUGUUUUUAUUUUGUUUCAUUCAGUCUGUUUCAACUCCCAUCACACCCAGUGCAGAAACUUUCAGUGGAUCCACCACAGUUGUUUAUGCCUCAAUUAAAUCCAAAAGUCAAAAACAACCCAGAUAGUUUGACAUAAAUGCCCCUCCCCAAAAUGAGAUUCAUCUCCAGUGCAGAUAACAACUGUCAGUGCAAAUCUUUAAACAUGGAAAAGCAUAUCUAGAGCAGGGACACUCAAUAGUUCAAAACAAUACAGCACUAGAAAAUGUAUAGUACCAUUUCUUUGGUAUUUGGAGCCUCAGUAUCUAUAGAUGACUCUUUCAGGGUAAAAAUUAAGUUGGUUAACAAAAAAAAAAUCCCACAUUUGAUGCAGUGUUUUUGGGGAAAUUAGGAUCUUCAGAGGGAUGGCCAUGACUCACAAAAUGCUAUGCUAUGACCCCACUGAGCUGUUGAACUUGCUGACCGAAAGGUUGGCAGUUCAAAUCUGGAGAGCAGAGUGAGCUCCCACUGUUAGGCCCAGCUUCUGCCAACCUAGCAGUUCGAAAACAUGCCAAUGUCAGUAGAUCAAUAGGUACCGCUCCGGUGGGAAGGUAACGGUGCUUCAUGCAGUCAUGCUGGCCUCAUGACCUUGGAGGCGUCUACAGACAACGCCGGCUCUUCGACAUAGAAAUGGAGAUGAGCACCAACCCCCAGAGUCAGACACAACUACAUGUCAAAAGGAAACUUUUAAAUAUAAAACCUUUACCUUUGUGAUCCUUUUAUCCAUGAAUUCAAUAUCCAUUUUUUCACUUACAAAGAAAUAAUCCUCCUAAAUGUUUUGGGCCUCUCUAGAUCCUCCAGUACAAUUCCACGGUAUGUUUCCAGCCCAAGUACAAUCAAAAUAUAAGGUUCACUUUUAUCCAUGGUUUCAGGUUUCCAUCCGGUUGCAGGCCACAUCCCCUGCCCUGCGGAUAUGAUCAUUGUACUGUAUUGCUUUAUACUCUCUUGAUUCCUUCUAUCAUCUACCAAAUUCCCAGUAAGUCUUUUUAUAUAUAAAUAGAAGGUCUGUGUUAAUCACCAAAGCAUUACAUGGUUCAAAAAUGCAGCACUCUGGGUUUUACUUUCUCAUUAAAAAUAUUAUCUGUAUGAAGCAAUAUAUCCAAUCUGUUUCUGUUUACUGAAUCUUGACACUUGCACAUUAACGCUGUGCAGAUGCUGUGUUUCCCUCCUCAAAAUCAUCCGCACACUAAUAAAUGCACAGAAAAUGUGAAUACUCUUGAAGAGUGAAAUAGGACUGCCGCAGCACAGUUUAUACAGCAUUCUCAUCUCGAGAUCUCCAUGUACUCUUUAAUAUCUUCGGGUAGCUCUUUGAUGUGUACAUAAGAGUUUUUGCAAACAUCAUAAUUCUUUGGAUUAGGACACCUGUCUGUUUCUGUUAGCUGUCAUCUUCAAAGUGCUACAGUACCUUUAGAUCAUUUGUCAAAAAGCUUUCUUUGCAGUCACCUUGUUUUGUUUGAUUAGUAACGUCGUCUAGGUCUCGGCUUCAGUGGUUUAGCUUCAUACUUCUUGCAGGAGAAGAGAGCAAUAUGCAGUUACACCUUGAAAAGAAGGUGGUGAUGGUGCUGAGGAACUCGCUGGAUUGGGGCCACUGUUUUUCUGCUAUGAGAUGAGCUCAGAAAAUGAUACUGGGUUGUUCCAUCUGAAAUUAAAGCAAGUGCUUUUGGGCUGCAGUCUUAUACACAAUUACCCAGGAGUAAAUCCAAUUGAAUAUAGUAGGAUCUACUUCUGAUUGGACAUGCAUAGGAUUGCACUAUUCCGUCUGUCCUAGGGUGCAUCUACACCAGGCAUGGACAAACUUUGGCCCUCCAGCUGUUUUGGACUUUGAGUCCCACAAUUCCUAACAGCCUCGGGCCCCUUCCUUUUACCCCUCAGCCGCUUAAGCGGCUGAGGGGUAAAUGGAAAGGGCCCGAGGCUGUUAGGAAUUGUGGGACUCAAAGUCCAAAACAGCUGGAGGGCCAAAGUUUGUCCAUGCUUAAUCUACACUGUAGUUUGGCACCACUUGUAACUGUCAUGACUCAAUGCUAUGGAAUUACUGGAGUUGUAGUUUUACAAUUAUGGAAUGGAAUAUAUGUUAUGGAAUUCUGGGAGUUAUAGUUUCACAAGGAUUUUAGCCUUCUCUGCCAAAGAGAGAUGAAGCUUUACCAAACUGCAACUCCCAGGAUUCCAUAGAAUUGGGCUUAUGACAAGUUAUAGUGGUGUCCAACAGCAUUCAUUCUAUCGUGUAGAUGCGCCCCUAGCAUUCACUGUAUUCAUUGCACAUGCCCUUUUAUUUUUAUGGAAAUCAGGUGAAUUUAUUUGUUUUGUUUUGUUUUUUUAAAAAAAAAUAAGUUAAAUUGAAAAUAUGUAGAAAUUAAUUUACAUGAAAUGGGAAGAAAUGCUUUGAGUUGUAAUAAAAAGCUUUUGUGACACGUGGUGUUUUAUAUGUCAUGUACAAUAAUGUAAAACCAAUGUUAAUGUUUGGUAUAAUUUUUUAAAAAAUUCUUAAAGGGCACUUGAAUGAUUCUUACAAGUGAAGACAAAAUUUUUUUGUUUCUUAAUAAAUAUUUUAUGGUGUGA